AUGAUUUUAUUUGAAAAAAUAAGGAAAGAUGUCUCUAAAACAAUCGAGUUAUUAGAAGUUUUGAAGGCUACGCACAUCAAAAAUCAAGAAGAAAUGAUCUUUAAUACUACAAAUGAAAAUAAUUCAAUGAUUCCACUUCCAGAUUUGUUGGGUCCCACAAGUAUUGAAGUCGACAAAAAAAAAGGAUUAUAUAGAGAUUAG